ACCCUAUUUUAGAUACACGCACUCCCCUGUUACAUCGCACUUGUGAUCAAGGCAUGGAUUAUUCAAAGCACAAAAACUCUAAUCUUCAUCACAGUCACUUACUAUCCCAGAGUUCCAAGAAAUCAAUCAAGUUUCUGCUAUGUUUUUCCCUCUUUUGUGUUCUCUUUUCUUUACUUCCCUUACUUGUUCAAUCUUUGAACCCAUUCCUCGUACAAUUCUUUAGCUACAUCGUUGAAAAGAGUUACAUGUUCCUUCUCUGCAAUGGCCUUCUGGUUUUAAUAGCACUCAACUCUGGUCUAACUAAUGCCCCUUCUCAGCAAGCCAUACAACAUGCUUUAGCUGUUCCCGUAGAACGUGUGGCACCACCAAUCGCUGAAUCCCCACAAGAAGAAGAAAAUGUUUUGGUGGUAGUAGAGCAAGAAAAGGUGGUCUCAAAUGCUCAAGAAGAUGAACAAGAGGAGGGAAAUGCCAUUGUGAUCAUUGAUGAGCAUGAGCAUGAGCAUGGUGUGGAUGAUGCUGAAGAGUUGAAUAAGAAAUGUGAAGAUUUUAUUAAAAGAAUGAAAGCAACGUUCUCUUCUAAUAAUUUGGAACCAAGAGGUGUCGCCGGUUUCUAUUUUGAAAAUCAGACAUCGUGGGUGGCUGUUAAUUAAGUCUCUCCGUUUUUAAUUGACUUAAAAUAACAUGGUAGGGUGUCUUAGUUUUCCAAGUUUUUUGGUCGCCCAGAUUUCUACUUGUAAUAAUUAAACUAAAUCAUGGCCUACAUGAUUCUGUCCGAGUAUGUUGCAUGUUCUCAUCUCUGUUCUACGCAUAAUGGAAAGAUCAACUUCACCAUUCUAUUAAAUGCAGAUCUUAUUUACUAGUUAAUUAACAUCAAUAUAUAUCUUCCCAUUAUAAA